AUGCUUCAUGCUGAAAAUAGAGUAAGACUCUUGGAGUGUCAAAAUGAAAUCACAGUUGAACCAUGCUCUAAAAAAAUGAAGUCAAUGGAAGGGACUUAUGAGAAACACUCUGAUGAUGAUAACCAAGGUAUUCAGGAGGAAGUGGACGCUGGGAGAACAUCAAAUUAUUUGAUACCAGCAUAUGCAUCAGAUAACCACAAGCAACAUGAAAUGCAGAAGCAGGAGAAAAUACUUGCUGGUGUCUUGGGAGCACUGAAUGAAGUGCUUCCUGAAAAUAAUCUAGUGCUUACUCAGCCACUUGAUUCAGAAACUGUGCAGAAUGUAAAUCCACCAUUUGCAUCAAUAAAUGACAAAUUUGAAGAAACAAAAGACUCUUUUAUUACAGAUCCUGCUGAUGGAGAUAAUACUAAAAAAUACAGUGCAUUAUUCUCAGUAAAUAGAAAUGCAUCAGCUGAAUUUUUUACAAGCAAGGACUUUAUUGGACCGAUUUACAAGCCUGCUGAAAGUAACAAACCCAACACAUCUGGCAGUUCCAAUAAAUGUAGAAGUAGUGAGGAAGACCAGACUGCAUUGCAUGAAAACAGCACUAAAAGAAAGGCAAAGAAGAUGCAGACUAUUUCUUCUGCUGUACCAAAAAUGGAUGAUGAGUUGGACCAGUUCUAUAAAGAAAUUCACCAGCUGGAAAACGAAAAUUUAGCUUCUAAUUUUCAGGAGAAAGAAACUGAAACUUCUCAGGAGCUAUACUCGCCAUCUAGAUAUAGUCAAACCUCGCAAGAGGAUUAUCAAUGUGUAUUGUUGGGCAGCUCACAACCAUUGUAUGAGAAUGGACAGUAUUCUGGGGGGGAAGAGAACGGUCAGAAAACAAGCAAUGACCAGCAGUUUGUCAUGGAAACAAGUGACUGGAAAACUGAAAAUGCUUUUAAUGGACAAGAAGACUCUAAAUACUGGAAUUACUCAGUGCCUGAAUUCAGACCUGCUUGGCAGUCAGUGCAGUCUUUCAUAGUGCCUCAGGGCCCUCUUCCUCCUGGAUUCAACCAUCAAUCAAAUUUUCAGAUACUUAAUUCCCCACUACAAAAAACAAAUGCUCUCCCUUCUCAGAAUAGUGAACUCUCUUACAAAAAUUACUGUGGUUACCAUGGAAAUUCUGGUAUCAACAGUCACAGUCCAUUGCUUGAUCAAAGUACCAACUGUGCUGGUCAUGUUGAUGUCCAUACUUCUCAGGUCUUCGGAAAUGGAAAUAAUGACCAGAAGGGACUUCAAAAUAGUGGUUUCUGUGAAACCGAAGAGUAUUGGAAGGAUCCUGAAGCUGGCCAUACAGUAGGAAUGCACAGCUUUUCUUCCUUGCAAUUACCUGAAGAAAGAUUCAGUUGUUCACAGAAAUUGCUUCUAAUCUUAAGAGGCCUGCCUGGUUCAGGGAAGUCAACACUUUCUCGUAUUCUUCUUGGUCAAAGUCGUGAAGGCAUUGUGUUCAGCACAGAUGAUUAUUUUCGUCAACAAGAUGGAUAUACAUAUAAUGCUGCUCACCUUGGUGAUGCCCAUGACUGGAACCAGAGGAGAGCAAAGCAAGCAAUGGAGCAGGGAAAAUCUCCCGUUAUAAUAGACAACACUAAUACUCAAGCCUGGGAAAUGAAGCCAUAUGUGGAAGUGGCUCUGGAAAAGGGAUACAGAGUGGAGUUCCAUGAGCCCGAUACUUGGUGGAAGUUUGAUCCUGAAGAAUUAGAAAAGAGGAAUAAACAUGGGGUCACUCGUGAGAAGAUUGCUCAGAUGUUGGAACGAUAUGAAUAUCCAAUAUCCGUACCUAUUGUCAUGAAUUCAGUGGUACCUCCCCACAAAAACACUCAAAGGCCACCUCUGCGGCGAAGACAUAGGUGGGGAGGCAAUACAGACUUGUGGAAUUCUUUCAGUAUUUCCAGUAGCCGAUAA